AGUGUGACUUGAUCAACCGACAAAAAUAAUAACAAAACUUAAAAUUAUAUUUUUCUGGCGUUAAAGCAUUUAAUUUAACUUAUACUGUAAUGAAAGCAUGUUAAUAACAAGAUAUAUUUUGAAGCAUCAUAGAGUAGCUAAUUGUUCAUAUCUUAUCAAUUUCGCAAAGUUAUUAAGCUCUAAUAAUCGAGUAAGAAUAAUGGAUCCUGAUGUUAAAUAUAGAGAAGAUCCAGUGGUAAUAAAAUUGGAUAAUGAUCUCUUCAAAUCAAUUUUUACGCCUGAAUUAGAUUAUUUAGUUGAAAUAUUUGCAAAGUACAAAUAUGAAGUAAGGAUUGCUGGAGGAGCUGUACGGGAUCUUGUUAUGGGAAAGAAACCAACUGAUUUGGAUUUUGCUACUGUGGCAACUCCACAAGAAAUGAAGAAUAUGUUUGAUGCUGAAAAUAUAAGGAUGAUUAACAUGAAUGGAGAAAAGCACGGAACUAUAACAGCAAGAAUUAAUAAUCAAGAGAAUUUUGAAUGCACAACUUUGAGAAUUGAUGUUGUUACUGAUGGCAGACAUGCUGAAGUUGAAUUCACAAAAGACUGGCUCCUGGAUGCAAACAGAAGGGAUUUAACUAUCAAUUCGAUGUUCCUUGGACUUGAUGGAUCAAUUUUUGACUACUUUUAUGGAUACGAAGAUCUUUUGGAGCGGAAAGUUCGAUUUGUUGGCAAUGCUGAUAAGCGAAUUAAGGAGGACUUCUUGAGAAUUUUGAGGUAUUUCCGGUUUUAUGGACGAAUUUCUAAUGAUCCAGACAAGCAUGACGACAAAACGAUUCAAAUCAUUUCCAAUAAUGUUGAAGGUCUACAAAAUAUAAGUGGUGAACGCAUUUGGGUUGAACUUAAGAAAAUAUUGCAAGGAAAUUAUGCAGAAGAAUUAAUGCUGAAGAUGGCAGAUUGUGGAAUAUCUACAUUUAUUGGUUUACCUGAAACCCCAAACACUGAAGAAUUCAAACGUCUAAAGGAGAAUAAAAUCCAAAAUGUUGAUUACAAUCCAAUGACUCUGAUGUGCGCACUGUUAUACACGCCAGAAGAUGCAUUAAAACUUCAUGAGAGAUUGAAGUUCUCUGCAUAUGAACGAGAUUUGAUGUACUUUAUUAUGAAAUCCAGAGAAACUGACCAGGACCUUGAUAACCUUUUAACUUUCCAACAAAUGUGUUUGCAGACAUUUAUAGGCAAGCCAAAGGACGUAAAAGAAUAUGUUGAAGAGUUCUUAAAAUUUCUAUGCAAAAAGGAUCUCUAUGAAAAGUUAAAAGAAUGGCAAAUACCACGAUUCCCAAUUGAUGGAUCAACGUUGAAACAGCAUGGAUGUCCUUCAGGCAAAAUAAUGGGAACAAUUUUUAGUAAACUAAAAGAAAUUUGGGCACAGAAUGAGUUUAAGUCAACAUCCGAUGAACUAUUAAAUGAAUUACCCAAAAUUUUAAAAGAAUUAAAUAUUGUGGAUGGAAAACAAGUUAAGAAAGCUAGAACAUAAAGUUUCUUACAAGAAUUAUGUAUAAAAGAACGAAGAUAAUAAACUUUUUGAAUAUACCUAAAUGAACAUGUUGAACCCUGAAUGAUGUAAAUAUUAC